GUUUCCCCACUAGGAUUGUGGGAGUCGUGGUUUGCUUGCAAAUUGCAGAGGCCAGGCGUUAGAGGCUCCACCGCUGGGCGCAUACCUUGGAGCUCUUGAGGACCUGACCUCCAAGCUUCCUCUCCUGCACCUGUCUGGGGGAAUGACACUGAUCACGAGUGAACUCACGGUUUGCGCAUUAUGAACUGGAAGGUUCUCGAUCACGUGCCCCUGCUGCUGUAUAUCUUGGCAGCAAAGACGCUGAUUCUCUGCCUGGCAUUUGCUGGAGUGAAAAUGUACCAAAGGAAGACACUGGAAGGAAAACAGCAAAAACUGGAGGUUGAAAAGAAGCAGUCAGAGAAGAAAGAUAACUGAAGGGAAAUCGAAGGUUCUCAGGCUUUGUAAUCCGAUUUUGCCUUUUAAAUGUCAGCCUUGGUGGACUCCAGCUGAGCAGAAAGAGAAGAAAGAAUUACUGAAUGAUGUGUCAGAGGAUAAACUCCCAACCUAUAGUUUUAACUCAAUGUGAAUUUUUAUAUACUUUUAAAAAACCAGUAUUUUGUUUAGUAAAAUAAAUACCUUUGUAAAAAAAGUCUGUCUCUGAUCCUUGG